GACAGGUUAUUACGAGUUUUCUUUCUGUAUCCUUUCCGGUGUCCUCUCUCGAAAGUAUCAGGAGUCCAUUGGUUUCUAAACUAGGAUUUGUGGGCUUUGCGAAUUCUCUGAAGCACAAUUCAGAAAAGAAGUGCGGUUUAUAGCAGCUCCCAUAGAAGAUACAUACUGCCGGUCAUGCACGGUCAUAUACUUCAGAUCAAACAGGAUUAGAUUUGCGCGGUUUCAACUCACAAUUUGCGAUGGAAGUGGUGUACAGAGAUAAGAAUUCAAUCCCGAAAUUCUCAGAGAUGGACACGCGGGAUUUACCCGCACAGAGAGAUCCGGAUACCAUCCGGUGGCGCGAUGUGUUAUUUGACUAUUCUCAGGCUAGUACCAUCAUUGGACUUAGUCAUAUCACAGGAGAUACCCCAUUCAAGGCCAGAAGAAUUAUUUGGACACUCCUGGUAAUAACUGGUUGCUGUAUAUUUGCCUUACAAGUCGUGCAAAGUGUGCUGAUGUACUAUUCAUGGCCAGUCACUGUCAAUGUCAAGGUCAACUACAACGAAACACUCGUGUUUCCUGCCGUCACCGUAUGUAAUCAGAACUCAUUCAGGAUCACCCAGAGUGUACAGCACGGCUACUAUGAUCUUCUGACCAAGGCGUUCGGGAGCUUCCAUCAUGACGACGAAGAUGUUGAGGAUGACCAGGCCCACCAUGAUGUAGAAGGCGACAAGGAUGCUGCCCUCCAUAAGCUUUUUGAGAAGAUAUCCAUGGCGGAUGUGUAUAAUCAGACAUCACAUACAAUUGAGGACAUGGUGAUAAGCUGCCAGUGGGAUGGUCGGCCCUGUGGUCAUGAGGACAUCGUGAGUUCGAUCACAGACCAUGGCGCCUGCAUGACAUUCAACGGAGGAACAAAGGCAGAUAUAAAGAAAGUCAAACGGAUAGGUUCCAACGGUGGUCUUCGUCUCAGGCUAAACAUAGAACAAUACGAGUACAUGAGCGGACCAACUGCUGGCGCUGGAAUUAAGCUUCUGCUUCAUGACCAGAAGGAGAUACCCACGGUCAGGUUUCUUGGCCAAGCCAUCCCUCCCGGGGCGCAUGCGCUCGUCGGCUUGUCAGUUUUACAGGUUGGCAAUUUAAAGCCACCGCAUGGCAUAUGCAACGAUGACAAAAAGCUCGAGUAUUACGACCACUACUCGAUGUCAGCGUGUCUGUUAGAUUGUCGCCAAAGGUUCUUGAUACAGCAAUGCCAAUGUCGAGAUGUGUACAUGAGGCCAGGGAAGCAUAAUGAAACUGUACCUAUCUGCACGUUGAACCAGUAUCUGACCUGUCUCGUCAAGAAUCUGGAAUCAGACGACGCCAGCGCUGAGGAGUGUGGAUGUCCAGUCCCCUGCAGACAGACGCUCUUCAGCCCCACCAUCACCUACGCCACUCUUUCCCAUUUCGACCAACAGAAAAUCUUACUCUCAAACGAAAACCUCAGGAAAAAGCUGGACAAGAAGCAUCACCAAGCGCGGGAAGUCCGUCAUCGAGUCGACACCGAUAUUCUCCAGGACGAUGCAGCACGCCUGCAGCGAUUUUUAGCUGCCACGACUAAACUGGAGGCAACACUUGAACGCCUGAAAAACAUGGCAACAAAUAUGACGACCAAAUUGAAUUCCAUGUUUGAUACAUGGAAAACAAACUACAAUUUUCACCGCUGGGGUGCGCUCUACUUCAUGGAGUACACUAUAAAACAUAAUUAUGUCCGCAUGUGGGAGAUUAAAGAUGAGCGGACCUUCAGGUACAUCACGUUUAACUACAAAGAAUUUAUGUCCAACAUAGAGUUCAACUUUCAUGAGUUAAAGAGAACCGCAAAUAUGACUUCACCUGAGGUGCUUGCGUAUCGUUACGCAAUUGGCUGGGGCAUCAAAAAGGCUUUGGGGCUUCGGGUUGCCGUGACCUCACGUGGUGUGGACAACAUCACAGGGGUUUACAAUGCCUUCAGAGCGAACGAGGCUGACAAGCAUAUCUUGUACAGGUAUACGAGUGAACAAAGAUAUGACGCAAUUUACCACCCACAGUGUUUAAAAAGUUAUGAGAGUAUUUACGAGAACAACAAGCUAAUCUUUGACUUUAUUAGCAUGAGGUUGGAUCGUAUGAUAACAACAUUAUAUGGUUACAUGAGCGUCUCAGACGAGGCAAGUAAAGGUCACCUCAUCGAUGAUGUGAAAUUGGCAAAUUUAAAUAAUGAUUUCAUCAAACUGUCAAAAGGUAUAAACUACGAUCUGUUCCGCUAUAAGGACCGUAUUGUGGAGUUUUCCCUACAGGAGACUGAAGCUCUGAUAUCCAGAUUCGAACUUCUGACCACAAAACUCGAAGAACUUAAGACACAAGUGAAUGCAGAGAUAAAAUCCAUUGAUACUUCUAUUGAGAAGUUUCUCGAGACUGAUUGGAAGUAUUUAAUGCAGGCGAAGGCAAUCUCGAGUCAGUACCUUCGAGAUAAAUCCAUUGAGAAGUCUCAACUGGCCGAAGUGAUUUUGAGUGAGAACAUUCAAAUGUCAAUGGCGGCGUUGCGGAAGGUUGUUCUCGAUGUCAGAGCGCGUUCCCGGAGUAUCAAAGACAUUAACCGGGCGCUUAAGCAGGCUGUUUUCACUGUCUACUAUAACAUCAUGACUAAUACAACAGGUGAUAGCUGCACUAACACCCUGUAUGAAUACCUUCGCAAUGAUACCGACAGAAUUAAAGAAGACAGGAGUUUGCUGAAAGCGAAAGGCGUCGCCCGCCUGUUUCAUAGUUUAUUGGAACCACUGCAUAUCCAAGGACAGCACUUGUCAGGUGCUGAGAUCAAGGCGAUGUCCGCUGAUAAUCUUGCCAGGAUCACCAAUGCAGACCUACCCACACUCGAAGAGAAGGAGGCCGAGUUGGAGAGAUUAUUUUCGAGUUUUGAUAACGAGUUUGAUUUCAACAAAGCGAUAGAUACGACUGAUGUUAACUUCACAACCAUCUUGCAGGAUUUGAGAGUGGUACUGAAGGAGUAUGAGACAACGGGAAAUAUAGAUGCAAGGUUUUUGAGGGACAACAUCCUGAAUGUUGAUGUUUUCUUGCGAGAGCUCAGCUAUGAGGAGAUCCAACAGCAGAAAGCGUACGAGUUAACCAACUUAUGGAGUGACAUUGGUGGCUCCCUGGGUCUAUUCGUCGGAGCCACCGUCCUUACCGUGGCCGAGCUAAUUGAUGUCGUCGUCCACACUUUACUUCGGAAACAUAUGAUGACAUCUUCCGGUAAAAACACAUGAAGAAGACAUCUGCGUGUGGAAAUAAUAAGGAGGAACUGUGACUAUUUACUGUUAAUGUUCGUGUCAUGGUCCGUUUCAUUAGCUAAGAUCGUAAACCAGACUCUGAAUUAGCCAAUAACUAUGUCAGUGAAUGUGACCAGUAUUGGCAUUGUGAAAUCUCUUUGCAUCUCUGUGUGUACAUGUAUCUAUAGUCGUAGUUCCACCUAUCAUAAAACCCCGCGUUUUUUCAAGACCCGUGUCUUCGCCGUGUGUCAAAAAACCCGGGGCGCACUGACACCUAUCAGUGGUGUUAGAUAAUGGUUAAUAGCCCCGGCGACAGGUGCGCUGUAGGUAGGGACAUCUCCAGCGUUUCUUUCCCGUUGGAGGGGAAUUUCGCAUGCGCAAUACCGAGGCAACUACACCGCGCCAUCUGUCGCCGGAUUUGAGAACUUGCAAUUGCCGUGUCUAUUGGAUUUGACACACGGGUCUAUUUAGACACGGCAAUUCAUAGGUGUCAGCGCAAAAGACACGGGGAUUUGAUAGGUGGAAGUACGACUCAUGCUAUCUCUAUUUUUGGUCAAACUUCCUGAAAGUGGCCAUCACAAACCAACAACAAACAAGAAUUGUAACCUAAAUUAAAAGGUGAUGCUUUAAUAUCAUAAUAUGCCACAGGUUUCGACGAUCAUAGAACAAGAAUAGUGCACAAAGUCAUUAUGCAAAAUCAAAAUGUUCAUUCAACAAUACAGCAUGCUGUGAACACCAUAUUGUCGUGCACAUCAUCACAACAAUGGGACAAGGAGUAAACUUCAGUGAAUAUUUUAUCGCCACAUCGUCGAAACAGUGUUCGUAAUAUUGCCACCUCUUUUACUGGAAUCCACGUCAUGCCAUUUUUCUUUGGCAUUGGUGAUCAAGGAUUACUGCAUGGUUUUGGGAUCAAAACUAAAUUAUAUGUUUAAUGUUUUAGUCUUUAUAAGUACAUGUGAUCAAAACUGAAUUAUAUGUUCAAUGUUUUAGUCUUUAUAAGUAGGCUACAUGUGAUCAAAACUGAAUUAUAUGUUCAAUGUUUUAGUCUUUAGAAGUAGGCUACAUGUGAUCAAAACUGAACUAUAUGUUCAAUGUUUUAGUCUUUAUAAGUACAUGUAAUUUGAUUGUCUUGCAAAGCUUUUCCAGGCAGAUU